AUGUUGCGUCGUCUUUUCAUCAAGUUGAAAAGGUUAAAGAAGCUUUUAAGAGCUAUAAGUUCUAAAGCUUUUGGUAACAUUUCUUGUUGGGUGAAAGAGAAGCAAGUUGAAUUAGAAAGAUUGCAGUUAGCUGAGUUGAGUGAGGAAGCUAUUUGUGGGGAUAUUGGGCAAGUACAAGUUGAACUAAAAAACCUGAAGGAUGCUAAGGAAGGGUUCUUUUGGCAACAAGCUAAAGUUCUUUGGCUUAGGGACGGGAACCAAAGUACCUGGUUUUUUCAUAAUGCAAUUGCUGUUAAGAGGAAUAAGUUCACUAACAAAGCCCUGUUUGAUGAUGCAAGGAAUAAGUUGGAGACUCAUGAGAUGAUUUCCUCUAAGAUUAUAGAGUUUUAUAAAGGUCUCCUUGUUACAAGAGAUGAAAUUAAGGUUGCUAUAUUUGAGCAAGGGAAUGACAAAGCCCCUAAUCUUGAUGGCUACACAGCCUUUUUCUUCAAACCAAAAUGGAGCAUUGUAGGUGACGACUGUCUUACUGCUGUUCAACAUUUUCUCAAUACUAUAGAGUUAUUAACUGCUUUUAAUGCCACUAUUAUUACUUUGGUUCCUAAAUGUGAGAAUUCAAGUCAUAUCAAGGAGUUUGGGCCUAUUUCUUGUUGUAGUUCUGUCUACAAGUGUAUUUCUAAGGUUUUUGUGAAUAGGAUUACUCGGUAUUUGCCUGAGUUAAUUUCUAAGAGUAAGAGAGCUUUCAUAAAGGGUAGAAAUAUUGUUGACAAUACUUUGCUGGCUCAUGAGUUUAUGAGGGGGGUAUUUUGGUUCAAUGGAUUUCUCUAUGCAUCACUUCUCCUAGAUUUUCUAUCUCUCUUAAUGGUGGUCUCAAUAGUUUCUUUAGAGGGAGAAGGGGAAUCAGGCAGGGACUGUCUCCCUACCUCUUUGUUAUUGUCUGGGCUUCUUGAAGUGGCAGCCAAGCAUAGAGCCUUCAAGUAUCAUCCAAAGUAUCUUAGAAUGCAACUUUCACACUUAUCUUUUGCAAAUGACCUUCUUAUAUUUGCAAAAGAGAAACUGGGGGUAAUGACAAGUAUCAUUGGUUUCAAGAUUCUCAAAUUACUUGUGAGGUAUCUGGAAGUGCCUCUUGUGUCUAGGAAGUUGUCUUUUUCUGAUUGCGGUUCUUUGAUUGAUAAAAUUUUGGCUAAGUAUUCAAGCUUACUGGUGCAUGCGAUUCUUUUGCCCAAAGCUGUCCUUAAAAAGGUUUCUCAGAUUUGUGCUAGAUUCUUUUGGGAGGUAGGGACUGUGCUGCAACAGCAAGUUUGGAGUAUUCUUGCUGGAGAAGGCUCUCUUUGCAUUGCGUGGAUCAAAGAGUACAUUUUGAAGGGGAGAAGCUUUUGGGAUAUCAGUCCUAAUUCUGUUAGUAGUUGGAAUUGGAGAAGAAUGCUCAAAUUGAAGGAAGUAGCUGCUUGUAAUGUCCAUAAUUUCCCCGUUGAUAUUGUUUUCCCUAGAAGUCGUAUUUCUUCGAAUGUGGAUUCUCUAAGAAGGUUUGGAAACUAG